AUGAUACUCCUCAUCCGAAUCGUCGCUGUAUAUCCUCUUUAUCGACAGUCCUUGAGGAAAAACAUCAUCAUAUAUGGCGUCUUAGCCACGAUCCUCACAGGCCGACUCGUCAACAUAGGCUUCUUUGUCCGUCGUCUCCUCAACGCACUCCGUACAUCAGAAAACGCAUUUGUAGCCUGGACAUCACCCUAUAUCAAGGCAGAGUUAUUUUCGCAACUUCGAUAUGACUUAUAUGCCUCCAUCCUAUUCCUCGUGCGCCUGCGCCAAGGAGGUGCAUUGCAACAUCGAGCGGGAACUUCUGUUCCAUAUACUCAGGGCGCGCGCAGCUCAUACCGCGACAGACUCCGCACACUCUUCUGGAUGUCCACCUCAAACUUCGUCAUCCCCAAUAUCUUCAACAUAAUCCUGAUCAUUUCUACCUUCCGCUCGGCUAAUCCCUUUUUCACCACGUAUAUCUCCACGAUCCAUGUAUACGUGGAGAUAGUCAGUGUUCUACUCGCCACCAUUUGGUGUUCGGGGAAGUACUGGCAGAGAAACGCCCCGGAAAACGUCGUGAUGGACGGGAAUGUGGUCGAGUCAUUGGACUCUGUAACCUUUGCGCCUCCCAUUGACCUUGCUUGUCACUCUUCCUCGGAGAUGAUGGUUUUGGACGGAAAGCAGAAGACACACCCUGUAGUCUAG